AUGUCCAAAAUCGACCGCAUGAUGAUACAGGGCAUCCGCUCCUUCGGACCUGAGAAGGGCGAGACCAUUCAGUUCACCGCGCCGCUCACCCUCAUUGUCGGCUGGAACGGCUCUGGAAAGACGACCAUUAUCGAGUCCCUCAAGUAUGCGACUACCGGCGAGUUGCCGUCAAGCAGCAAGACUGGAGGCGCCUUCCUCCACGACCCCAGCCUGCGCAAUGAGAAGGAGCUCAUGGCGCAGGUCAAACUGUCUUUCCGCUCUACUUCUGGAGUGCGCAUGGUCGCCACUCGCAACAUGCAAGUCACUGUCAAGAAGAACGCGAGGAGCCAGAAGACCCUAGAAGGCUCACUCCUCAUGAUCAAAGAUGGCGAGAAGCAUUCCAUCUCAACCCGUGUCGCCGAGCUUGACCAGAUCAUCCCUCAGUAUCUUGGCGUGUCCAAAGCUAUCCUAGAGAACGUCAUCUUCUGCCACCAAGAAGACAGCUUGUGGCCCCUGAGCGACGCAUCUACCCUCAAAAAGAAGUUUGACGAAAUCUUCGAAGCCAUGAAAUACACCAAAGCUAUCGACAACAUCAAGAAGAUUCGGAAAGACAAAAACAUUGACUUGGGCCAGCUCAAAAUUAUCGAAGCCAAUGCCAAAGAGGACAAGUCGCGCGCCAAGACGAGCGAAGAAAAGCAGGCUGGGUUGUAUGAUGAAAUCGAGGAGCUGCGAGUUUCCUACGAAGACCUAGAUGCGAAAUGCACCGCGGCGAAACAGGAAGCUUCGGACGCUUACGACCACGCUGCGCGCUUCGUGCAGCUGGUUGAAGAGCUGAAAGCCAAGCGCAGCACGCUGGGCAUCCAUAAGCAAAAUGUCACCGAGCUUCAAGACAGCAUAAAGGAGCUGGCCGAGUCUGAUGACGAACUCCAGGACAUGCUAGAUCAGUAUGAAGAGCGCGUCGCCACAUACUCUACCCAAGCCAAAGAGUUUCGGGGCCAAUAUCUCGAGCUCAAGAACGAACUUGAAGAUGACAGAGACGCUCUUGGAGCGAAGCAAAGCGAGAUUGGUAAAUACGAGGCGCAAAAGGAGCAGUAUGAGCGUCAGAUCCAGCAGCGCGAAAACUCCAUCAAAGAAGCUGCUAAGCGACAUGCUGUCCGAGGGUUUGACUAUGAUGUGACGGAGAAGCAGGUGGUAGAAUUCCAACAAAUCCUGAACAAAAUGUCUCGCGACCAGAACAAGGUUCUUGAUCGAACUCGUGAGGAGACGCAGCGCGACCUACGCGAGGCUCAAGACAACCUCAAUCAGCUAAACACACGCAAGUCGGGUUUCAGCCAGAGCAAGGAGUCUGCGCGGAGCCAGAUCACAAACAACGACAAGCGCAUUUCCGAACUUCAGAAAGACAUGAAUCAAAUCAAGGCCGAUGAGGGUAGUGAGGCCAUUCUCCAAGACAAAAAGCGUGAUGUCGAAAAGCAGCUUCAGAUUGCCAUUGCCACAGCGAAUUCUGGGCGCUUCGAUCAACGUAUCUUCGAAGCAUCCAACGACGUACGAACACUCGAAGAUCAGAAAGAGAGGCUGACGGCUGAGUUUGGUGACGCUUCAAAGCAGGCUCGUGAGUCUGCAUCAGUUGAUGUCAAACGAGAUGAGCUGCAGAAUCAGCAACACAGCUUAGCAACCAUGAACAAGGUGCACAACCAGCGCCUUUCGCAGCUAAUUGACUCCAAUUGGGAUCCCGCUACUCUAGAGACAACAUUUCAGCAGGUACUGGCUGAGAAGUCGGGCGAGGUUAAGGAGGCUGGGUCUCGCCGCGAUAUUGCGCAGACCAAACUGGACAAGGUCAACUUUCAGAUGUCAAGUCUGGAGUCGCAGUUAAAGCAGAAGCGUGCUGAGCUCCAGAAGUACGAAGCGACCGUCAAGCAGUCUAUACAGAAGGAUGACGUAUCUGAUUUCGACGAAACCUUGGCACAGCUGGAGGAGGAAUACGAGGCGAGCUCUUCAGACAAAGCCAAAUUUGAGGCGCAGAUCGACUACAUGAGCAAAUGCCUGCAGUACGCUGAGCAGCACAACGUUUGCCGUCUCUGUAAAAGAAGCCUUCAUGACGACGAGGAAGAAGACUUCACGACUGCGGGUUUCAUAAGCGGACUCAAGGAUAUCGUCGCAAAGGCGAAGAAGAACAUGCAAGCAGACAACGCGGAAGAAAUCUUCGCUGAACUUGAGGCAGUUCGUAAUGCUAAACCCAGCUACGAACUUGCAACUCGUCUACGAGACACGGAACUUCCUGCAAUUCAUUCUAGCCUUACCAAGCUGACUGCUGAACGCGACGUUCUCAACAAGCAGCUUGAGGAUCAAGAUGCUGUCAUCUAUGAUCUAGAAGUUGCGAAGCAGGAAGUCGAAUCUUUAUCAAAAGAAGUGCAGACCAUUGUGGGGUACUAUAGCAGGGCGCAGGAACUCGAGGCGGAGAUCAAAGAGUUGGCACAGAAGCAGAAGACUGCCGGACUUUCGCGAGGCAUCGAUGCUAUUCAGGCCGAUCUGAAGCGAGUGUCUGAAGACUGCCGGAACGCUAGGACAACGCUCGAGCAACUCAUUGCUGCUAGAGAUAAAUCGCGCAACCUCAUUACAACUCUAGAGCUGAGCGUGCGUGACGUCAACGCCGACUUGAACAGCGCACAAUCAAAACUAAAAGAGAAGAGGGCUCUUGCUGAUCGAGUGGAGGAUUUCAAGAAGGAGAACAACAAGCAGCGAGAGGCCAUACGCAGCUUUGACGAGCAGAUCAGCAGCAUUGAUCCUGAAAUUGAGCAAGCGCAGUAUAAGUACGACGACAUCAGUCGUAGGGGUAACGAUCGCGUUCAGCGUGCCCAUGACGAAGCCUCUAGAUUGUCUGACAGUGUGCGUCAACUUAACCAGGCAAACGAAGAAAUCGAUUCGUACGUCAAUCGUGGCGGGCCACAACAGCUUGUGCGCACUCACCGAGAAAUUGAGAAUCUACAGGGCGAGAUCGCACGCAUCGAGACCGACAUGUCUGAUGCGACUCGUAAAAUCAAAAAGCUUGAAGACGCUUUGCGAGACACCGAGGCGAACAAGCGCUCGAUUAGCGACAACUUGCGCUACCGAAAAGCCAAGCGCUCACUUGACAGCUUGGAAGUUGAAAUCAGGAAACUUGAAGAGCUAGGAGCUGAGCGUGACAAGGAACACUUCGAAAACCAAGCUCGAUACUGGGACAACGAAUAUAGACAACUGAGUAUUGCCAAGACAGGCGUAGAGCGCGACAUGAAGAACAAAGACGACCAUCUGCAAGACCUCAUGAAAGAGUGGCAAGAUCUCUACAAGAACUCUGCUGAGCAAUAUCGCGAGGCGCAUAUCAGGGUUGAGACGACUAAGGCUGCUAUCGAAGACUUGGGACGCUACGCUGGCGCUCUCGACAAAGCUAUCAUGAAGUAUCAUACACUCAAGAUGGAGGAGAUCAACCGCAUCCUAGCUGAACUGUGGCGCAACGCGUAUCAAGGCACUGAUGUGGACACGAUUCGCAUCGCGUCUGACGGCGAUGGUAAAGGUAACCGGACAUACAACUAUCGCGUUGUGAUGGUGAAGCAGGACACUGAGAUGGACAUGCGAGGCCGAUGUUCCGCUGGCCAGAAGGUUCUUGCUUCUAUCGUGAUUCGUCUCUCGCUUGCAGAGUGUUUCGGCACAAAUUGCGGUCUCAUCGCGCUCGACGAACCCACUACAAACCUAGAUCAGCAGAAUAUCAAGGGCCUCGCCGAAUCCUUAUCCCAGAUCAUCCAGAGCCGCAGGAAGCAGGCAAAUUUCCAGCUACUAGUCAUUACCCACGACGAGCAGUUCCUGCGCGAGAUGAACUGUGCCGAUUACACAGACUCGUAUUGGCGCGUUGGUAGAGACGUGAGGCAGGAGAGUUAUAUCGAGCGCCAGAAUAUUGCUGAGGUAACUGCUCUCCAACCCCCAUUGAUGCUCUCCACGAGUAGACACACCCUCCUCAAUAGGGUUCCCUUCGAACAAUGA